CUCAGAAAAGAAAUUAGAAAACUUAUUUUAAAACACUAAGAGACAAAAUUUGUUGCAGUUUAUCUUGCAUCGCUAACUAUCAACAUGACAAAAUACGACAGGCAAGGUGUUCCUAACUUAAGUUUUCAUAAUCCGAUGGGAAUAACACUUUACCCAGAAGGUUUGUACACGUACGCAAUGGGAAACACUCCAGCCCGAGAUAUCACUGAACUGUUGGGCACAUCAAACGACAAACAUGUAGACGUGUUGCUUUUGGCAUGCGGUGAUGUUAGGAAUUUUCUAUGCAGUUUGUCUGAAUUAUCCCUGAAAAAACCGCACGAGCGUCCGAAGAGUUUAAGUUUCCAUUUGAAUGAUUAUGAUCCGUCAGUGAUUGCUCGCGAUGCUGUUCUGCUAGAAGUUGCUGGUGUGAUAAAUCCUGAUGUCCCUGCUGAUGUAAACUUCUUGUGGAACAUUUGGUAUAACCUGGCGCUGUCAGUGGCCGACUUUGAUCGACUGCGAAAAGUACUCACUGAACUGUUGGAGAGGGAUUUUGACAGCGACGAAAGUAAUUUUAAGUUUCAAGAUGGCGGCGUUCUGCAGGAAUGUCGGGAUAUAUGGAAAGACUGGAGACAACUCGAUCUCGAAGUUAAAAGCGUUAAAGAGGAAAGAAACAACCUGUUAGAGGACACGAAAAGAAGUAAACGGUUCUGUGAGAAUUCUCAGUGCCUGUCUAUACUAACUCAUAUGGUGAUGGAGAUCUAUGAAGAGAAACUAGACAAUUUUGUUAAACCUGCCGCGACAAAUCCACUCUACACGGAAAUACAACACUGGUUUAGAGAAGGUUCCACGAAUGAUGAGUCGGAGAAGAUAAAUCCAACUUUGAUUCGUCCAUUUGUUCACAAGUGGAGGCAGCAUUACAGUUCCUGUGCGUUUGUGGGUUAUCCACCAUUGGAAAGGAAAGACCUCGAACAAGGUAAAUCAUGUGCAGAUGUUUGCAAGGAAAAACUGGCAGUCUGGGUAAAAAGAUAUCAGGAGCAAAAUAAGAAUUAUCAAGCAACUCUGAAGGUUACCCUGUGGACCGGCGAUGCCCUGGCUUUGUGUACAAGUGGCUUUCCGCCAGACAUGUUAUUCGACGUUAUCGAUACAAGUAAUCUCAGCGAUCACAUUGGUUUGUUGAAUGUCGUUGUCUGCUGUGGCCCGAGGUUAAAAGUGCCAACUGCUUCUCUGUUGUUCACAUCAAGCAUGUUAUGGUGCGGCGAAUGUGACAGUAUAGAGGAGUAUUACAACAAAUGUGUUGGCGUCCCGUUGCAACUUCUCCCGACAGUUCUUGGCUUGAAGCUGGCUGUUGAUCUCGAAUUGGGAAGCAAAAAACUUCCGGACAAACUGGAAGCUACAGAAGAGACUCUUUGCUGGGUCAAGGCGGACCUUAAAAGGACUUUACUGACAAUAGAUAAAACCCCUGACGUUGUUCAAGCGCUACUGAGUCUCACAGAGCGUUGCUUCAAUCUAGCGAACGAGAUGUUUCAUUCCAUUGGCGUCACUUCACCUUCGCCUCUGACCUUGCUUCGAAUUAUUCAUCAGGCACAACCACUCUUCAAAGAAGGAGCCGCUGAGAUAUUUGACAUUCUUGAGAAUAAGCUACCAGCUGACUUUAAGAGGAGGUACGGACUAUCCUGGAAUUUGUUAAAGGCAUCGUUGGGAAGAACACCAGAGCCCAUUGUUGAAAUAAAAGUUAACAUCAAGAUUGCAGUCGUGCCCUGGUAUAAGGGAACACCAAAGCCGAUGAUUUACAUUAGGAGGGAUCGCAACAGUGCUGAGGAAGCUCCCUUACAAUGGUCCCUCGCUAUGAGUCUAGCCUCGCAGCCUUCAGUAAUUCACAACAGCUUACGAUAUGAUGAUAAAACCCAAGUGGUGACUUUCCAUCUACGCGAAGAAGACUGGAAUGAGCUUCACUGUUCAUCCAAGAUAUGGAUAUCAUCCAGAGAAUUAAUAAAGGUCAUAACUUGUGAGCCAGUGAGUCUAGCAGACGAUACUGUGAAGAGUGUUCAACGGGUUGAUCCUGUGGAAACAUUUGGUUUGUUUGCAAGGCAGACUUUCACCGUGAUGGAAUCCAACGAAAAAUGCCAAGUACUUAAGGUAAUAAAAGUUGAAGAGAGCAUACAUUCUUAUUCUGCAGAACUUGAGAUACGAGACUCCGCCAUCUGCAAAGCGAAGGCAAUGAAGGUCAGCCAACCAGAUGAGUCUCCAACGGGAGUCCAAAUAAACUUCGAGGGGGCCACAGGUGACCCACUCAGCAUGUAUUUUUCAUGCUUUGUCGAUAUCAACUUAUCCAAGUUCCAAAUUUCACGCAAAGUCGGGAAAAUAUUCUGUGACAUUUCUAAGCGAAGCGAUGGAACAGUGGGAGAGCUUGUAAUACAAAAUUUAGCUCCACUGCCUCUUCAUGCCAUGCCAGAGUGGGAUAGUGAACUCACCGAUAUAAGAAUGCUCGGCAGAAUGUUUCGCACUAAGCUUGAUCUGGAACUGAAAUUACGAAGAGAUAGUGGUCCGCCGUUUUUUGACCUCAGGGAAUCCAUUGCAAACAUUAUACAUGAGCACGUGAAGGAGCCUGAGAUUCCCAAGGUACAUUACGUUGACGAACGAGGAAUCGUCCAAGAACCAUAUGGCUCAGCGGAAAACAUGCUGAAGAAGAAAGGCUUCGUUAUCAAAGUGGAAAAACUGUUCAAGUGGAAGAAUUUACCUGUGGCUAAGGUUUUUUUCUGUGACUGUCAACGGUUUGCGGACCUGAUUCGCAAGAAUCCGGGAAAUACUCAACUAUUGGCAGAAUACUGCAACCGAAUUUUUCUUCAUAAAGUCAACAGAUUUGUAGCUGACCAAGAGGAGAAGGUCCUAUUUCGUAAAAUGAUGUACACAAAUGCAGCUCGAGUUCCUCAAGAUGAUCACUAUGUUGUGUGGAAGAAUUCUUACAUAUCCCCGUUGUUUCCGCGAGAAAGCAUUAAAAGUGCUCUUACAGCUCUUGGGAAAAGAAAACAUGGUAUGGAAAGUCCUCUACUUAGUUCUGCGGAACCUGGCCAUAUGGAUGAAUCCUCUUCGUUUGAAGGUAGAUCCGUUUCUUCUGAACAUUCUGCAAGCUUCCUCGACCCAUUUCAUGGUUUAGCUUCCCACAUGAAUCAAGAGUGCGCCUUUUGCCAUUCAAAGAGCGGGACUUUAAAACGGUGCCUUGGAUGUAAAAAAGUGUUCUAUUGUGGUAAAACAUGUCAGAAAGGGCACUGGAAGAAACACAAAACUGAAUGCAGAGGUAACAGGAAACUUUGA